AUGAAGUUCAUACCGGUUCCCGACUUUGUGACUGUAACGAGCGCGCUCAAUUUCGAUACGCCCGAUUGUCAUGUCUCCGGCGGCUGCGACCUGUACACCACGAAGCCCACAGGGCAGGACAAGAAGUUGUACAAACGCAUCGACGGCUCUCUGGAGAGCCAACACGAGUCGCUAUUAAAGUUCGGCGCCAGUCUCAGCCCACCACAGCGAGCGGAGAUGGCCUCGACACUAAACUUGUCAAGAUCGAGUCCCUUCGGCUCGCUGGCAGACAUCUCAAGCCGUCGCACAUUUGCAUACAUAAUCGCAACACUCAACGCGUCGCACCCAGACUAUGACUUUUCGCAUGUUCUGAGGCCGAGUGAUUUCAAGAGGGAGAAGAACUUGAGAAGGGUUAUGAACAACCUUGACAGCACUUUGGGCAACGUCCGACCGGCCAACCCAGGUAUGGAUUAUUUGUUGUCUAGGAGUCUGAGCUGCGGAUCCGACAGCACCAACACCGACCCUGUAUGGGGACCACAGAUGUGGGCCACCAUCGACAAGGAGAUGGCGCUUGACGACUGCAACGUAUUCAGCUACCAGCCGGCUGAGAACCCGUUUGACGAAGAGGAGGGCGCUAUCUGGGCGCUGCACUACUUCUUCUUCAACAAGCAACUCAAGCGUGUGGCGUAUCUUCAUGUGAGGGGAGUCCCUGUAACUAGCAGCCACAGCGAGCCCCCGUACCGCCCGCCUCAUCGUAGUCAUGCAGGUGCUGUCGGAAACCUGGCGGCCGGUCAUGAUGAAGACGACUGGGAAAAUGGUGGUCUGUCAUCGUCUCUCAAAGGCGCAAACAAGCGCGCAAGAUUUUGGUUUGGUGACAGCAUUGCCGAACGGAUAAGAUCCGAGUCUGAUGACGACAUGGAUGAUGGCAUGGUUUGGAACCGCACAGCAGAUGGGGAGUUUGACGAAUAUCGUGGAGACUUUGAUGACAACGAGAGCAUGGGCGACGACUAUUCAGAAGCAGACGAGAUGGACACCGAUUUCGACGACGACGAGUCUGAGCGCGGCCGGAGGAUGUCGACUUCUGAAGUCAAUGGCAUCAAGAAGGGCACUGUUCGGGCUGUGAGUGAAGAUGUCGCGGCGCAGAUGGAGAUUGAGUGA